GGGCUAAAAAAGUGAGAAUGAGAAAAAAUUAAGAUAGAUGCCUGAGGUUAGAACAUGUCCCCAAUGAUCUCAGACUGGUCUCAAACUCUCAAUGAAGAGCAAUCUGCACGCCGCAUAAAUCCAUUAAAAUGUCACUCAUUAGGAUUGUCAUAGGUUCCAGGCAUUUGGCAAGGAAUGGAGACACAAAAAGAGACAUACCGUGGAAGCACCUGUUGAAAACAAAAGGACAAUUAUUUAGCACGAUAAAACAGAAAUUCAGGUGCACUGUAAAAAAAUGUCCCGAGAGCAGAAAAUUUUACUCCUUUGGCAAAUGCACACUGGGCGGGUUUGCUGUCAUUUCUUCAAACUUUUUGAGAUUACAAUCAAGAAGAGUGGAGUGCGAGGCACUCACUCAUCAUCCAAUUACAGAAAUACAUGAGAUUGUGAAGAUUGAUUCCCUCAAAUGGUACACACUCCUGAAGUAUGUUCUUCCUCAUUUGUGUCAUCUAUUAAUUGCCAUAACAAGUGCGUUUGUCGUUGCCAUUCUCAACAUAUGGAUUCCUCAGUGUGUUGGACACGUUGUAAAUGUCAUCACGAAAGUCAGACAGGAGGGCAAGAGCAGCUAUGAUGACACUGAUUUCAUGACAAGUAUUUUCCAGCAAUUGGCAGCUCCAGCGUUCAAACUAGCUCGCAUGUAUGUAAUUCAAGCAUUAUUCACCUUCACCUAUAUCUACACUCUCUCCUGCGUUGGAGAAAGAGUUGCUGAGAAAUUGCGCCACGAUCUUUUUAAAUCGGUGAUGAUGCAGGAUAUCGAAUUUUUCGAUAAAAAUCGAUCUGGAGAGAUCGUCACUCGUCUCACGACUGACAUCCAGGAAUUCAAGAGUUCAUUUAAAAUACUCGUCGCACAGGGAUUGAGGAGUUUGACGCAAAUCAUUGGUUGUGUCAUAUCUGUGAUAAUUAUAUCACCACAGUUGACUGGUGUUAUGGUGUUAUGUAUGCCAACUGUUGUAUUUAUUGGUAGUUUUAUUGGGAGAAAGUUGAGACAAUUGUCUGCUGAAGCACAGGUACAAAUGGCCAAAGCCACAGGGGUCUGUGAGGAAGCUAUCCAAAAUAUCCGUACGGUGAGAGCCUUUGCAGCCGAAGAAAAGGAACUCGAAGUAUUCUCGAGAGAAGUAGAUAAAACCACAGCUCUAUACGAAAAAUUGGGCCUUGGUAUCGGCUUGUUUCAAGCUGGUACAAAUAUAUUUCUAAACGGAAUUUUACUCUCUACGCUCUAUUUCGGAGGGCACCUUAUGUCUAGUGGGCAAUUGUCACCUGGAGAUCUGAUGGCAUUUCUCAUGGCGACACAAACCAUUCAGAGAUCAAUGGCACAGCUGUCUUUAUUAUUUGGCACUUAUGUGAGAGCCGUCAGUGCUGGAGCGAGAAUUACGGAGUACUUAGAAUUGCCACCAGCUACGAUUAUGAUUGGAGGAAAAAAUGUAACGAAUGAAACAUUCAAGGGGCAUAUCAGCUUCGAUAAUGUCAGGUUCAGCUAUCCCACAAGACCUGACUUUGUAGUUUUGAAGGAUUUUCAUCUCGAUAUUCCGGCGGGUAAAACUGUAGCCAUUGUGGGCACUAGUGGCAAUGGAAAGUCGACUAUUGCUGCUUUAUUAGAGAGAUUGUACGACGUCACCGCAGGAUCAAUAAAAAUAGACAAUACCGACAUUAAGGCGUUGAACUCGAGUGAUCUCAGGGGCAGAGUAUUGGGAUAUAUUGACCAGGAACCAAUUCUAUUUUCUACUAGUAUUAUGGAAAAUAUUAGGUAUGGUAACUUAGAGGCAACAGAUGACGAGGUAAUUAGCGUUGCAAAAGAAGCAAAUGCCCACGACUUCAUUGAGUCAUUUCCUGAUGGAUAUAACACCAAAGUUGGGGAACGUGGGGCUCAGCUUUCUGGAGGACAGAAACAACGGGUAGCAAUUGCCCGUGCUCUACUGAAAAAACCAUCAAUUUUGAUAUUAGAUGAAGCAACAAGUGCCUUGGAUUACGAAAGCGAGAGGAUCGUGCAGAAGGCACUCGAUAAUGCAACGCGUGGCAAAACACUGCUAGUUAUUGCCCACAGACUCAGUACAGUGAGAAACGCUGAUUUGAUAGUAGUAUUACAACGGGGAAGCAUCGCAGAGAUGGGGACACACGACGAGCUCAUGCAACAACGCGGAGCUUAUUUCGACUUAACAAAGCGUGAAGAGAAUGAAACUGAAAUUUGAAGCUGUCCUUUA